ACCAUUUUGCAUCACAGAAUAUGCCGCAGCGGUGCAGCCGCAUGGACUCUGGGGCCUGUGAUUGUAUUGCCCAGACCAGUUGGUCUCCUAGUGGAAAAUCCUUAAAAAUGCUCUGGAACAGAGAGAGAGAUGAAUAGACAGGGGGAUUAACAUAGAGAGAAGGAUGAACAGAAAAAGAUGAAUAGAAAUAGGGAUGGACACAGAGAGAGGGACAAAUAGAGAAAGAUGAACAGUGAUAAGACUGAACAGAGAGAGAGAGAGAGAGAGAGAGAUGAACUGAACUGUUGUGUUGACUGAGGAUGGCGUGACUCCAAAGAUUUACAGCCACAGAAACAGAUGGAGAGAAAAAGAAAGAGGGAAAAUAAUAAAGAGAGGGAGAGUGCAGAUUUUGCUACAGAAUAGUGAAAAGGACAAAGAAGAAAGGAACAAAAACAAGAGGAAUAUAAACAGAAGAGAGACCGAUACAGACAGAUGGACAAAGGCAGUGCGGUAAGCAUUUUAACAUUAAUAACUGAAGGGACAGCAGAGUGACAUAAUAAACACCAUGUCAUUAUAAUGAAUAUACAUAUGGUACUAAUGUAUAAUAAUAAUAAUAAUAAUAAUAAUAAUACAGAUGCUCAGACAAACACAUCUCCUUCUGCUUUCCCUCCUGAUGAUCUUCAACCUCUGCAUCACCUCGAUCAUACAGGAGCAGCAGGGAGGGCGAGCUCAACGCAAACAGAAGCAGAUGGACAGUGAGUUGAAGCCAUAUGUGGGUCGAGUGGAUGCAGUGUUCCUGUGUGAUUUAAUGAAGUGUUACAGUCCUGUUGGAUCACAAUGUCAGGUGGUGAAGAAUGGAGACAUUCUCAUCCCAAAGUGUGUUUGUCCCACCACCUGCCCACAACAGGAAGCGCCAGUGUGUAGUGUUGUAGGUAAAACCUACAUCAACGAGUGUCUUCUUCACAAAGAGGCAUGUCGCAAAAAACGCCGCAUUGGAAAGGCACACAGUGGACCAUGUUUGGAGGUUGGAGUGUGUUCAGAGCAGGAGUUCGGUCAGUUCCCCUACAGGCUGCUCGACUGGUUCUUGUUAAUCAGCAGAAUGGGAACACGAUACACAACAGCACACACACCAAGCUGCAUCACACACUCAGAGAGAAUACAGCUUGCACAGAGCUGGUUUUCUCUGUUGGAUCGCAAUAAAAAUGGGAAGUUGAGUAUGAAGGAUCUAAAGAAGCUUCACUAUAAGAAGAUGCCACUGGAACACUGCGCUAACACAUUCUUCAAGUCAUGUGACAGGAACAGGAAUAAUAAAGUGACUGUGAGUGAGUGGACUUCCUGUUUGGUGGAUCGAUCUGAGCGAUGGUUUAAUGAAUACAUGUCAAUGAAAAUGGGCUCGAGGAAACUGUGCUGAGCACAGCAGCAUGGACACGCAGAACGGAUCUGAAUAGAGAUGAAUUUAUUCUUCCUGUAAUAUUCAUUUAUUCCACUGUAUGUAUGGAUCCUGAAUAAUCCUGUUAGUCCCAAUAAUAAAAUUAU